GGCGUAUGAGGCGGUGACAAUGGGAGCGGCGCGGGCGGCGCCGGGAGGCAGCUGACAGGCGUCUGCGGCUUUGCUUCAUGGCCGUUCUCUCGCCCCGGCUGGGCUCUGUGAGGAUUGGGGAAACCCGCAGCGGCUUGGAGCCGGAGCUGGCAAGCCGAGCGGGGACCUGUGCGCGGCGCCGCUGAGGCGCAGCAUGUGAAGAGGAGACGGCAUCCAGCACGGGGCGAGCCUCUCAGCCGGCCGGGAUGGCCACGACGGCCGAGCUGUUCGAGGAGCCUUUCGUGGCAGAUGAGUAUAUUGAACGUCUUGUAUGGAGAACCCCAGGUGGAGGUUCUAGAGGUGGACCUGAAGCUUUUGAUCCUAAGAGACUGUUAGAAGAAUUUGUAAAUCAUAUUCAAGAACUCCAGAUAAUGGAUGAAAGGAUUCAAAGAAAAGUAGAGAAAUUAGAGCAACAGUGUCAGAAGGAAGCCAAGGAGUUUGCCAAGAAGGUACAAGAGCUCCAGAAAAGCAAUCAGGUUGCCUUCCAACAUUUCCAGGAACUAGAUGAGCACAUUAGCUAUGUAGCAACCAAAGUCUGUCACCUUGGAGACCAGUUGGAGGGGGUAAACACGCCUAGACAACGGGCAGUGGAGGCUCAGAAAUUGAUGAAGUAUUUUAAUGAGUUUCUAGAUGGAGAAUUGAAAUCUGAUGUUUUUACAAAUUCUGAAAAGAUAAAGGAAGCAGCCGACAUCAUUCAGAAGUUGCACCUAAUUGCCCAGGAGUUACCUUUUGAUAGAUUUUCAGAAGUAAAAUCAAAAAUUGCAAGUAAAUACCAUGAUUUAGAAUGCCAACUAAUCCAGGAGUUUACCAGUGCCCAAAGAAGAGGUGAAAUAUCCAGAAUGAGGGAAGUAGCAGCAGUUUUACUUCAUUUUAAGGGCUAUUCCCAUUGUGUUGAUGUUUAUAUAAAGCAGUGCCAGGAGGGUGCCUACUUGAGAAAUGAUAUAUUUGAAGAUGCAGCGAUACUUUGUCAACGAGUGAACAAGCAAGUUGGAGAUAUUUUUAGUAAUCCAGAAACAGUACUGGCUAAACUUAUUCAAAAUGUAUUUGAAAUCAAACUACAGAGUUUUGUGAAAGAUCAGCUAGAAGAAUGUAGGAAAUCGGAUGCAGAGCAAUAUCUCAAAAGUCUUUAUGAUCUAUAUACAAGAACCACCAGUCUUUCCAGCAAGUUGAUGGAGUUUAACUUAGGUACUGAUAAACAGACUUUCUUGUCUAAGCUUAUCAAAUCCAUUUUCAUUUCCUAUUUGGAGAACUAUAUUGAAGUGGAGACUGGAUAUUUGAAAAGCAGAAGUGCUAUGAUCCUACAGCGCUAUUAUGAUUCAAAAAACCAUCAAAAGAGAUCCAUUGGCACAGGAGGUAUUCAAGAUUUGAAAGAAAGAAUUAGACAACGUACCAACUUACCACUGGGGCCAAGUAUUGAUACUCAUGGGGAAACUUUCCUAUCCCAAGAAGUGGUGGUUAAUCUUUUACAAGAAACCAAACAAGCCUUUGAAAGAUGUCACAGGCUCUCUGACCCUUCUGAUUUACCAAGGAAUGCCUUUAGAAUUUUUACCAUUCUGGUGGAAUUUUUAUGUAUCGAGCAUAUUGAUUAUGCUUUGGAAACAGGACUUGCUGGAAUUCCAUCCUCAGAUUCUAGGAAUGCAAAUCUCUAUUUUUUGGAUGUUGUGCAACAGGCCAAUACAAUUUUUCAUCUUUUUGACAAACAGUUUAAUGAUCACCUUAUGCCACUAAUAAGCUCUUCUCCUAAGUUAUCUGAAUGCCUUCAGAAGAAAAAAGAAAUAAUUGAGCAAAUGGAGAUGAAAUUGGAUACUGGCAUCGAUAGGACAUUAAAUUGUAUGAUUGGACAAAUGAAGCAUAUCUUGGCUGCAGAACAAAAGAAAACAGAUUUUAAACCAGAAGAUGAAAACAAUGUUUUGAUACAAUAUACUAAUGCCUGUGUAAAAGUCUGUGUAUAUGUAAGAAAACAAGUGGAGAAGAUUAAAAAUUCCAUGGAUGGGAAGAAUGUGGAUACAGUUUUAAUGGAACUCGGCGUACGUUUUCAUCGACUUAUUUAUGAGCAUCUUCAACAAUAUUCCUACAGUUGUAUGGGUGGCAUGUUAGCAAUUUGUGAUGUAGCUGAAUAUAGAAAGUGUGCCAAAGACUUCAAGAUUCCAAUGGUAUUACAUCUUUUUGAUACUCUGCAUGCACUUUGCAAUCUUCUGGUAGUUGCCCCAGAUAAUUUAAAGCAAGUCUGCUCAGGAGAACAACUCGCUAAUCUGGAUAAGAACAUACUUCACUCCUUCGUACAACUUCGUGCUGACUAUAGAUCUGCUCGCCUUGCUCGACACUUCAGCUGAGGUUGAAUUUACAAAGAAAGUGUGUUGUACUUCAGCAGGCCUCAGAUGAUAGAAAGCACAGGAGAUUCCUUAUGACACAGCCAACAUUUUAUGGAAAAAUGACUGUUUGGAAGAAAACAGCAGCCAUACUUACGUUUGAAGUUUCAUUUGAAAUUUGGACCCCCUAGCUGUAUUUUACUUUUUAUCUUCUUAAGUUGAAUUUUAAUUCCAUUCUUAUUUUAUAAUUUUCAGAUUCUGUAAAACUACAUGUCACUGUUUUCAUCCUAGAAAACGUUGGUGUCAGAAAGCAAACAAAAUUUUACCAGUGUUCUGGUUCUGGUUCUUUAACAUAUUCCAUCUUGAAAAUUUACCAUCCCAUUUUUCAUCAGUAAUAGGUGAAAUAUAACAAAACCACAUUUAUUAUUCACCAAAUUUUAAUGAUCUUUUCAGCACUGGCAAUUGUUAAUCAAAUUAUUUUAAGUUUUCCUACAUAAUUUUUUGCCUCUUUCCAAAGAUAAACAAUAAGCAUAAUUUCUGUAAUUGGUUGAUUGGAGUUUUUUCUGACAUACAACAACAGUACUAUUCCAAGAAAAAUGUUAUAAACUAAACUAAAAUGAUGAAAUGUUUUAUGUAGACCAAGUGGAUCAGAAUAUAUUUGAUUUCUGGAUAAAAGUAAAGUUUACUGUUUUUCUUAUUUGGUAAAUCUUAAACCAAUUCUAGCAAGAAAUUAUUAAAACUACUUUAUUUUAUAUUUCACUUACGAUAAGGUUGUAGACCUUCCUUAACUAAAGGACCAUAUUUAUUCAUUAUUUUAAUAUUAUAAUGAAAGUAAAAAAGUGAGGUAUAGUUGAAAUGGUGCAUAUGAGAAAUAUUGACAAUUUAGCAACAAUGCAAUCCUUUAAGAUUUCUGUCAUAAUGCUAAACUUGAAUAAGAUGGGAUAGUUAAACCUGUAGGUAGUCUAUUUUAAGAGGAAUUGGGAAUUGAUAGAUAACAUAUAUUCUAAGUCUGGAGACAAGCUUUGCAAAUACUGUUUACUUUUUAGGUCUCUAGGUUUUUUCAUUGUCCUUUUUCAAGGCAUUUCUAAAGUUAUUCCUACUUAAUCAAAUUGGCUUAAUAUGAUGACAUGAUAGAUCACUUACAAAAAUUUAAAGAUCAAAAAUUUAGACCAUUACUUUAUAAAUCUUAUAAACUUGCCCUGUGAGAAUGCAUUCUAAUUAUAUGUAGUGUUUCAUCUUCCAUUCUGUUGUUUAUAGUCUUCUAGGAACCAUAUAAACUUCAGUGUUCAAUUCAUUCUUGACAUUUUUUUCUUUAAUAUAGGCUUUUUGGCCUAAUUUUGGAAAACUGCUUUUCUUCUAAGAACCUGAUUCUGAAUGGUCAACUUUACCAAACUUUCCUCCCAGGUCCAGAGCUAACUACUAUUUAAGUUACUGUUGACUGAAUUUUCUUCAUUUUCUGUUUAGCCCAGUGUUAUCAAGGUAAGCAAGGGAAAUGCAGUAUGCCAACUUUCAUCAAAGCAUUUUAGGACAUUGUGGCAACUUUAGAAGGCUUUCCAGAUUUCUGUUCCUUAGCCAAGGGAGAGCCAGAAGAGGUUUUGGAUACCAGAAAAAGUCAUAUGCUUGUACUAUUGCCAUUUUAGAAAGCUCUGAUGUGAAUUCCAAUUAUACCUCUGUUACUUAAAGCCAACUUUUAAGGCAGUAGUUUUACUGGCCAUUUGAACUCUUUGUACAGUGUCAAUUUGUAAAAAAAAAAAAAAAAAGAAAAAGAAAAAAAAAGAAAAAAUCUCAAAUACAACAUGAGAUAACACUUUAAGACUUCCGAAUCAGAAGCACUUCAGAUUAUUUUGUUUGGAUUAAUUUUCAAAAUGUAAAGCAUAUACUUGUUGCUUAGAUAUUUUGUUAAUUAUCAUUUCCUUGCUUGAGUUCUGUGCAAUAUUUUCCAUUAUGUCCAUUGACAGGACAAUGACAAAGAAAACUUAUGAGUGAAUACUUAAUUUAGAAGUGUUAACAUUAAUCCUCAAUAAACAAAUUCCCUGUGAUUGUUUAUUUCAUUUCACUCUAUAUUUUAAGGACAUCCAUACUGAUAACUGAUUUUUUAAUUUAAAAUGUUAAGAUAUUCCUUAUUUUUCAUAGCAUAGAUCUUCUCACUUCCUUUUUUUUUUUAAGCAGAGAAGUACUUAACUGUAUAACCAAGAUUAGAAAUUUAGACUAAACAUAGGUCUUUCUCUAAGAAGAAAAAAAAAAACAUUGUGUGAAGCAAUAUGCAUUCUUUGUAUUCUAAUCUUAUUUUCAUGUAUGAUGAUCAACAAAAUAAUCAUAAUCCAAAAUUUAUGACUCAAGAAAAAUGAUCAAUAAAUGAAAUGUUUUUAUAUACACACAGUAAAGUUUUAGGUAGAGAUAAUAAAACUUAAUAACUUUUACCAACAUUUAAGGGCAACUCUUGAGUAUUCCAGUUUCACAUGAGCUGUAUGUAUUAUCUAGGUAACGUAUCAAAGUUGAAAAUAUAUUUUAAAACAGCAAAUUGUUUUUUCAAAACUUAAAUAUAGUUUGUGAAGUACAGAACACUGGUUUAAGAAGGAAGUUUAGCCUCUGUAAAAUUAUAAUAUUGAAAAUGACAGUCAACCAGAGUAGACGAACAGUCCUUAUGAAGAAUUAUAACAGCUAGAUGGAUCCUUUUUGGGGGUUGGGAGAGUACCAGGGAUUGAACUCAGGGGCACUCAACCACUGAGCUAUAUGCCCAGCCCUUUUUUGUAUUUUAUUUAGAUACAGGGUCUCACUGAGUUUUGCUGAGGCUGGCUUUGAACUCUAGAGCCUUCUGCUUCAGCCUCCCAUGCAGCUGGGUUACAGGCAUGCACCACCGCACCUGCAGCUAGGUGGAUCUUUAGACAGGUGACCAUUUGACCAUUUCAAGACAUUUAUUGGCCUCAUUUUGAGAAUCAUGACUACAAGUCCUUAUGAUCAUCUUUGUUGUAAAAAGAGCUGCUAAAGUAGGUUAAUUUAAAGAGUAAAUAAAAUUUUAAUUUAAAGCAGAAUUAAUGUUAUAUUUUAAAUCACUUUUUUCCUCUUUCACUUCUAAAUAUUUUACUUUUUAAAUACUAGCCUUCUCACUCAUAGUGGAACAAUUUAAUUAUCAAACAGUAGAUUCCAAUUGGAUAAUUUACUGAUUCCUUAUGAUGCCUUCCUCUCACCUAUGAUAGUGAAUAUUUUUAUCCAGAUAAAGUAAUAUUGCUUCCUGAAAUGUCACAAAAUCCUUGAAAUGAAUAAUGCAUAUCUGCUGCAACUGUAUGUGGGAGAUAGCAAAGUUCACUCAGUGCAUACUCACAUCUGGAGAUUAGAAGCUCACAUCUGGAGAUUAACAUGGUUUUAAGACAAAAAUAUUGUCAUUACCCACAAUAUCUUUCCCACUGAUAUCUGAGAAGUGUGAAAUAUUUUCCAGAAUCAUACUGAAUUCUGAUUUCUAGUGGAGAAUUUGACAUACAAAGAAAGCAGUUGAUGCUUUCAUCCAAUUAGAUUAACUAUAUUCAGUUCCUGUACUCUUUCUUUCUGCUUGAGAAGACUUAUCUGUAAUACAUUGUUUACUUUGGAAGAAAAGACAGUCCAUAUUGUCAGACUAAAUAAUUCUACAUGAAGUGAACAUAACAAUUUUAAAAAUUAAUGCAUUAUCUUUGUAGAUAAUUAUUGCUACAUUUAUUGAACUUAAAUCCCAUGCACAAUGCUAUGUCUUUUGUAUAUAUUAUCAUAUUUGAAUCCAAACCAACCCUAGGAUUUGGGUACUGUUUCCACUUGGUAGGUGAAAAACUUAAGGCAUAAAAUACUGUCAAGGUCUGUCAUAUUUAAAUCUUAAGUCUUUCUCAAUGUUAGAUCUGUAUAUUAUUUUCCUUAUGUAACAUUAAAUAGGUUCUUUAAUAUGGUGAUUGAUUAGUUUUGCUUAAUUUAGUUUUCUCUUCAUCUAGUAUUUAAUUCUCACUAUGAAGUAAUAGAUUAUGAAAUUGAAUCCAAGAUCAGUAUCAAAAUUACUACUGGUUUUUUUUUUUAAUGUGUUCAACAUGUGGUCAUACUUUUUCAAUUUGCUUUUUAAAAUUAAGUAGUCAUGAAAUUUUAAUGUAAUCUUAAGUUUUCACCUAAUAGAAAUCUGUCCAUUCCCAAGUUUUCCUUAGUGUUAUUUUAUAUAACCAUGACACUGUUUCUACUUAGUAAUAUCUGCAAUAUAAAGAGUUCAGGUAUUUUUAUAUCACAUUUUGGAACACAAGAAAAAAUAUCAGCUCUUCUUGAAAAAUAAGAGGAAAUCAGUAUUUCUGUUUUAAAACAGACUACUUUGAAUGUCAUAAACUUGCUAAUUCUGUUAGCUGUUUAGUGCACUGGUAGUUUUUAAAUGGUUAAUGUAGGGCAAAAAGUAUUUAGUAUAUUAGCAAUCAGAAGUCAUUUUUAUAUAAUCAAAAUUAUAUGUUAAGUCUUUUAAAAAUUGCUUUAAAUCUACCUUUUGUUGCUACUACCAUUUCUUUUUCUAAAUUCAGGGAGAAGAGAAAAUCGACACGUUAGAGAUCAAGAAUUUUAAUUGGUGAAUUGGAGUAGUUAGGCUGAUAACCCUCAGCUUAACAAAAUUCAUAUUUUUAAAUUAGGCCCUGUAUAUUUUUUCACUAUUAUUUGGUGGGUAUCAGGAAACUUAAGUUCAUAUGAUUAGAUAUCUGUUGGGAGGGAGACAAGUAAUUAAAUACCACCUUAUUUGUUUUCUAAGUGGUUUAGAAGGUUGCUGUCUGCCUCACCAUACAAAACCAAUUUAAAUAGGAAUAUAUCACAUCAUACUCCAAACAGCAAACAACCUUAGGAAAGUCAUUUAUUCAGAAGGCAUAGAUUUGCGCUAGACAGCAGUGAUGCAUUACAAAUAUAUAAUUAUUUGCACUAAUAUUUGAGCAGGUGGAAUGGAUUAGAACAUGGUCAACAUUAUGCUGCUGAUAACAUGUAUUUUUCUAUAUUAAUAUGUACUGUGCAACAUGUAUUAAAAUUGUCAAUAAUUCAUUUUAGCCAAGAUACUAAUAUUUAUAUUACUGUGUUUAAGAGACAGUAUCCAACUGAGCCACUUUUAAUUUAAAAGUCUGAAAAUGGAAUUAAGUUUACUUUCAAAAACCACUUACAUUAUUUUAUAAUCAGUGAAAGGUCAGUGAAACAUGGAAUUAUCAUUGCCUGGUGACUUAAUAGGAAGAAAUACGGAAGGUUAAGGAUGGGAAUAGGAACCUGGAAUAAGAAAGUUAGGUUGCAUUUAUAACUCAGAUGAGUGACUUCAUUUUCACCAUUGGAUAUCUAAAAUGAAGAAAAUGUCCUUUCCAGCAUAUCUUUAUAUUAAUAAAUUAAAAUUGAAUAGAAUCAAUUCCAAGAAAUUAUUAAUUUCCAAAGGUGGAUUUUCAAAUUUUUAAGAUUGAACUUUGAGAGGUAGGAAACCUUCCUGAUAAUCCCUGUAAUCUCAUAUAAGUAGAUGCCUUUGAAUAAGGCCAUCCUUUUUUGUUGACCUAUCAUGUUAUCUUUAUGCUGUGGGUAACCUUGAUUCCUUUGAACUCUGGUCUUUUGUUGUGACAGUUCUAUCAAAGCUUUUUGCUAUAAAGAAUAUUAUCCAAAUUGAAUAUGGACAAUGCUGAAUUAAAAAAAAAAAACUGGGAAACUACCUCUAAGCAUAUUG